AUGAUUUCGAGUAAACUGCUCCUGUUCGUGUUCUUCAUGUUUGCAUUUGCGUACAUAACUUCCGCCCAGUUUGGAAUGGGUUAUCCUUUCAUGGGAUUUCCUGGCAUGGGCUCUCCAGGCAUGUUUGGCAUGGGAAUGAUGAGGCCACGAAGAAUGCUAAGACGACUAAGACGACUAAGAAUGCGUCAACUUAUGGGUGGCAUGGGUAAUCCGUUUAUGGGUAUGGGAUAUCCCGGAAUGGGCAUGAUGCCGUAUGGACGCUAA